AUGAGACCAAAACGUGGCGUGGAAAUACAUGAGCGUAUUGCCUCCUGGCCCACCUAUCCGCUCUUUCAGAAUUUGUUAAAUGUUAAGGCCAAUGCAUUUGAAUGCUUGGUGCCCAUAGCUGGUGACUGUGCGGAACUUGAUCUUGGCAUUUCCGAGCAGGACAGACAGAUAUUGAAGAAUGAAGUACAGAUUGUUAUACACAGCGCAGCGACCGUGCGUUUCAAUGAGCCGCUGCAUCAUGCGCUGGACAUCAACGUUCGUGCCACCCGCCUCGUGAUGGAAUUGGGCAAGGAAAUGCAGCAUUUGGAGUCCUUUGUACACGUUUCCACUGCCUACUCCAACUGCGUCGUAAACCACAUCAAGGAAACUUACUAUCCGGAACUUCUCAGCUGCCCAGCCGCAAAGGUUUUGGAAUUGAAAGAUCAGCUGAGUAAUGAGCUGCUUGACAAAAUGACGCCCGCAUUACUGGACAAAUUUCCCAAUACCUACACCUAUACAAAGGCGUUGGCCGAGCACCUGGUCCAGACCGAAUCGGGAGAUCUACCAAUGUGCAUCUUCAGGCCGGGCAUAAUUAUUACCAGUUACAAGGAGCCUGUGUCGGGCUGGAUGGAUAAUUUUAAUGGACCUAUUAUCAUACUCCAUGCCGCUGCUUUUGGAGUGAUGCGUAUUUGUCGAGUCGAUGUAAAAAAAGAGGCGAAUGUUGUGCCCGUGGACUUCUGUGCCAAUUUGUUGAUAGCGAGUGUCUGGAAAACAGCCAUUGAUGCAAAGAAGCAGAAGACUUUUGAAAAACCAAUCUAUAACUUUGUGUCCAGUGAGCACAACCCAUUAACAUGGGGCGCCUUUAUAGGCAAGGUGUCCGAGCUAGGCCCCGCCUAUCCCAUCACUAAGAUGAUAUGGUUCCCAUUUCUCAUCCCCACCAACUCCCAGUUUCUGUAUCAGUUGCUUAUUUUCUUUUACCACGUAAUACCUGGAUAUGCCAUCGAUCUGAUAUUACGUUUAAGGGGAAAGCGUCCUCGCAUGGUAAAGAUUUAUGAAAAGAUACAUAAGAAUUUCGAGAUUCUAGGACCUUUUGCAGAAAUGAACUGGAAGUUUCAAACCACAAAUAUGCAGCGAUUGUGGGAACACAUGUCAAUAUCUGAUCGUAAGAAUUAUGAAUUUGACAUGACGAAGGUCAAUUGGAACGAAUAUUUUGGUCGAGCGCUUGCAGGCAUGCGUAUCUAUUUGGCAAAGGAAGAGCCUGGUAAUGAGUCUAUAGAGCGGGGCAAAAAAAUUCGAGCACGAUUUGAGAUCCUUCAUCGUUUAUUACAAGUGAUUGUCUGCAGCGCCGGCGCGGCUAUUUUAUGGUCUAUGGUCACAUUACUUAUCAGAUUCUAG